CCGGGGGUGCUGCACCACGACCACGGGGCGGCAAGCCCGCGCGCCCGGGCGCCCGCAAGGCACCGGCGCCACGUGGGAGAGCUGCUGGAGCUGCAGCUGGAGUGAGGCGGCCCACGCAGCUGCCCUCUCUGGCAAAGGAGCACUCCAGUAAGAAAGCCUCCCGUAAUCCCCUCAACAACCCACCUUAACCCACCAAGUCCCUAAACCUAAUUCCUUCAACUUACCCUCCUUAAUCUCCAAAUCCUAAAUCCUAUCCCCUCCCUUCCUACCACCAUGUUGAAAAUCUUACAAGCCAACCUCCAACACGCGAAGGCAUCCAGUGCCGUCGCGUGCAAGGUCCUCCAAGAGGAUGGACUGGACAUGGCUUUGUUACAAGAACCGUGGAUCCAUGGAAACACGGUACUGGGACUGACCGCUGCAGGAUUCUGCACUGAUGACCUAGUAGCGGCACACGUAAUGCUACCCGGCUGUGAGGGCAUGAAGCUCAUUGUUAGCUCGGCCUACCUGCCCGGGGAGCACACAGAUCCGUCGACGGCCCUCGCUCCACUGGUGGAGUAUUGUGAGGACCAGAAUGCCCAGCUUGUGAUAGGGGCCGAUUGCAAUUCCCAUCACACAGCCUGGGGCAGUACGGAUACCAACAAGAGAGGUGAGAUCUUGUUCGACUUCCUCCUGACUAAAAACUUACUAACACUAAAUGAUGGAAACACACCAACUUUCGUUACACGUGCGCGUCGGGAGGUUCUAGAUGUAACAAUCUGCACAGAUCUACUUGAAAGACGUGCUUGCAACUGGCAUGUCUCGAAAGAGGCAUCCAUGUCUGAUCACAGACACAUACGAUUCGACAUUGCUCUCAUAGGGAAGAGCCAAGUGGAGACCUUCAGAAAUCCUAAGGCUACAGACUGGGACGUUUAUCGACACCAAGUUUCGGAAAACCUAGGGAUUAUAAAAGGCUCCGUCAAAUCCAUACAGCAACUCGAAUCUACAGUAGAGGAGCUCGGAAGGUGCAUGUUAGAUGCCUACGAGAACAGUUGCCCUCUAAAAACUAGAUGCUCUAACACUAAGGUCCCCUGGUGGAACUCUAACCUGGAGCAUCUAAGAAAAACAGCUCGGAAAGAAUUCAACAGGGCUAAAAUCACAAAGGAAUGGGAUUUGUAUAGGAAAGCCCUCACUGAAUUUAAUCACGAGCUCCGGAAGGCGAAAAGGCAAUCUUGGAGGCGCUUCUCUAUGGAAAAGGUGAUCAAUCUUCAUAUUAGAAUGGGCUACCUCACACAAAACCCACUACAUGUGAAGCAGCACGCCUAUCAGAAGGGCAAAUCUACGGAAACUGCCCUAAUUGAACUUACUGAUAGCAUUGAGAAAGCACUAGAGGACAAAGAAAUUGCCCUCUGUGCUUUUCUAGAUGUAGAGGGUGCUUUUGAUAACACCUCGACGAAUGUCAUUCUCAAAUGUAUGAGGGACUAA